AUGGAGGGCAAGCAGGUGCAGCAGGACUACAGCGUGAUCAACCUCGACCUCAACCUCGAUCCUUCGUCGCCGCUUCAGCGCCUCGUCGUCAACAUCGUCGGCCGGGACCGGGAAGAGGCGCAGGCGCAGUACGCGUGCAGCUUCUGCGACCGCAGGUUCCUCAGCAAGCAGGGGCUCGGCGGCCACCAGAACGCGCACAGGCUCGUGCGCAACGCCGGUACGCGCAAGCGCCAAGUUGCCCCGUCAUCCUCCUCCUCCUCCUCUUCGGCACCGGCCGUCCGGUUCCUCACCGGCGGCCAGGUGCUCUGGGGAGCGCAAGACCCCGCUUCCGUAGCGGACGCGCCCGUGGUGGACUGGACCAGGGCAUGGGGUCAUGACAGGGGAGAGGCGGCAGCUGAACCGGAGCUGGACCUGUCGCUCAAGCUCUGA